AUGGCUUUUAUUUCAACGACUCCUUUGAACAAGUUGAAUUCUUCUAAGAUAAAGUGGGUUAUUCGAGUUCGUGCUCAGGCUAUUUGGAAAGGGAUAACUAGGGAAACUAAUGAAUUUCGUGGGAUUAAUAUGUUAUUUAUCGAUGACAGCAACACACGGAUUCAUGCUUUUAUUAAUGCUCGUAUUUCUGGCCCUUUUGAACCUAGUCUGGAAGAAGGUCAAAUGUAUACAAUCUCUAACUUCUCAGUUCAAUCUUACACUGGUUAUGAGGGUCAUCGUUGCGUGAGGACAGACCAUCACAUAUACUUCUCUGACUACACUAUUAUGCAUAAGAUAACAACGUCCAUCCCACGUAUACCAGAUUUUAGUUUUGACAUAUUUGAUCUUCUUUAUCUUGACCAAACUACUGAUGAGAAGCGGUUUUUAUUUGAUGUUGUUGGGAUUCUGAUGAAUCGUGAACCUAUUCGGAAGUAUGUUUCUGACACUCAAGAAGAAAAGAUUUUGCUGAAAUUUAGUAUAUGUGAUGGGAGAUGUGACAAAGCAUUGGAUAAGGAUUGCGAUGAACCUGUAGUUAUUAUCAUAGGUUGUGCCAAAAUAGGGCACUAUCAAGGUGAAUUGACUAUCAACAACUAUCCCGCUACGCGGUUAUUUGUGAAUGUGAACCAUCAUAUUGUCCGCAUCAUGAGGAUUCGUGCGGCAGACCCCUCAUUUGGCAAGAAUCUUGUGUUACUGGAGGAUAGACCUGAGGAAGUAGUUAUGUCUAUUGCAUCUAUCAAGGAGUUGAAAGAAGAGUUUAAUCAGAAACGCGUGUAUUGUUCUGUCAAAAUUGAGAAGGUUGAGGACAUGCAAUGGUUCUAUCAUUGCUGUCCCAAGUGUUCUGAAGAAUUAGUUGCUGUUGAUGGGAGAUUCAAAUGUACCAAAUACAACUGUUACAUUCCAUUCCCUGAUCGUCGAUUCCGUAUCAGCACCAUAUGUUCUGACGUUAGUGGAGUGAUAUUUAUUGUGUUGGGUGACUCUGAAGUGCGACAGAUUGUUCAGAAAACUGUUUUUGAAGUUGAUCUAGAUCACAGCAAGGUAAAGGGAUCUAAUGACAGUAAAUUGCCUAAUGUUUUCAAAGAUUUGGUUGGUAAAUCCUAUACCAUAACUCUGAAGAUAUCCAUGGAGAAUGUUUUAAAAAAAUCUGAGAUUUACGAAAGUGUUGAAAUUGUGAGUUCUUCUGGUUCGUUUGCUGAGCAAAUAGAAUGCCAAGAAAAUUCUACAGAGAUUGAUGAAAGCUGUGGUUUAAGUGGAACAGAGGUUGGCUCGGUGCCUCCAUCAGAAGUUGUUGUUUGUUCUCCUAAAUCAUCAGGCAAAGACAAGUUGAGAAAGGACGUUGUUUCAGAAACUGCGCCUGUUUUAAAAGAUGAUGAUGACUUUGUACUUCUUCAGUUGAUACCAGGUGUUAAGACGAAGAAGAGCAAGAAGUGA